CGAUCCUCUCAGCUGCCAGAUUCCGUCCUACGAGGUUCAUCCACCCCGCAUCCGCCAGAGCCAUGCAUAUCCAAUCGAUUCCGAUGUGGACCGGGAAGGGCAACAACUAUGCCUACCUGGUCACCGACGAGCCCACCAAGCAGUCGGUCAUCAUUGACCCGGCCAACCCGCCCGAGGUGACCCCCGAACUAGAAUCGCAGAUCAAAGCCGGCAAGAUCGACCUCACCGCGAUCGUCAACACUCACCACCACUGGGACCACGCCGGCGGCAACAACGAGCUGCUCAAAACCUUCGGCAAGCUGCCCGUCAUCGGCGGCAAGGACUGCCAGUCCGUGACGCAGACGCCCGCGCACGGCGAGACUUUUCGAAUUGGCGAGCGCAUCGCCGUCACGGCCCUGCACACGCCCUGCCACACGCAGGACAGCAUCUGCUAUUUCAUGCAGGAUGGGGACCAGAAGGUGGUGUUUACGGGGGAUACGUUGUUUAUCGGGGGAUGUGGUCGGUUCUUCGAGGGUACGGCCCCGGAGAUGCACAAGGCGUUGAAUGAGACGCUGGCGGCUUUGCCGGAUGAUACUAAGGUUUAUCCGGGACAUGAAUAUACCAAGGCCAACGUCAAGUUCUGUCUGGCGGUGUCGCAGUCCGAGCCUAUCAAGAGGCUGGAGGCGUUUGCCGAGGCGAAUCAGGAGACGCAGGGGAAGUUUACGAUUGGGGAUGAGAAGCUUCACAAUGUGUUCAUGCGCGUCAAUGACCCGGAGAUCCAGCAGAAGACUGGAAAGACGAACCCGGUUGAGGUGAUGGCGGCGUUGCGGGAGAUGAAGAAUGCCAUGUAGGGUGUGUCUGUAUUUUCUAGGUUAGGUGUUGGUGGGUGGUGGCGAUGUAUAACGGCGACGGAUGUAGUAUGAUUGACAGGUGGAGAAGUGGAAGCAUUGGGCUGUCCAUACUAGUGACUAUGCUUGAGACUAUUUGUUGUCACUCUGGCUAUUU